UUAGAAGGACAACAUGGGUCUCUUGUUACUGCUUUAUAGCUACCCACCAAUAACUCUGUUCCUGCCUGUAGUUCUUAGAGCUUGGAGGGCCACACACUACUGAAUGACACCUGAAACCUGCCUUUAAUACUCUGACCAUAUAGAGGCCAUACUAAGGGUGUCUCAUCCCUUAGAACAGGCUCUAUGAUAGCUGAGGGGGUCAGGACAGAGGGGUGAUAUUGAGGUUUAGCGACAAGGGCAAUUAAGAGAGAGGGGAGAUUCAAUCAGAUGAGAUGGUCGCAAUGUCCCAUUCCUGAAUGGCAGAUCAGCAACAUCGAUGGUUUUUCAUCCCUCUCCGUAGAGGUGUGCCCUCUAGGUGUGCCCACUAGCGAUGUUGCAGGUACCAUAUAUGCGGAUAUACGUGCGCAGCUGAACAUUGGUGGCACUUCUGCCGACACUGAGUCUGCCACUGCCUGUCUGCUACAAAGGAUUAGAGACGGGUAAUGCCACAUCCACUACCCUCAAUAUGGAAAGCCGACAUCAGCAAACAGAUUUGUUUCAUUCGCAAGUAGAGCACGAUUAUAUACAGUAUUUAUCGUGUCCAUGUUCAUUUGAUUUAUACACUGGAUAGUCAUUAUCUUUAGUUGCCAAUGGAAAACUUCUGUAUUUAUGUGCUUUUGUAUUAUUUUACAUUUUCCCACUUGUUCCAAUGUCUUUGACUACAUUACAACUGAAGACUCCAGUAAUUCUCACAGGUGGCUUCAACCCGAAUUUGUUACUCUGGAUUAAGCAAUGGGAUGAAGCUGAUCUAACAACCGAUGAGGAUUUGGAAGGUCCCAGUAAUCAUCCGCCACCAACACGGGUGGGAUUAUCAUCCCGUGUAGCCACCGGGCAGAGGAAUGACGUUGACCGGACAGAAGAGGAAGAAGACAACAUGGAGAUGGUCAUGAAGAUGCAACCCAUCGACUACAGUGCUGAGGUUCCCUCAUCUUCUGCCCAGUCAAUUUACAGCGUUGCUCAACCUGUGUCUAUAGACGUCCAGCCUUGUGCUUCUUCCCAAAUCUCUCCUGUGUCUACCAAGCCGGCAGUCUUUACAACCAAGCCUCCAGUUGUUCCUGCUAAACCUCUGUCAGCGGACGCCAAGCCGUGUUCUACUCGCACCAAGCGUCUUCCUCCUGCUAAGAAGCGACGUUCUGUUGGUACCAAACUACCUCUUCUUCCCAACCAGCCCUCCUCACUCAAUACUCCAGUCCACCAGCCGGACGCCGCCGACCCAGGAAGUGUCAGUAACAUUGUUCGGUCUUUUCGUACAGCGCAGCGUAACUACCACCAAUCCCAAAGGCACCAGAUGCACGUGGUGCACAUGGACCUGCUCCAUUUGGGUGCAGGUGUUCACAAGUUGUCGAAGAUCAUUAAAGUGAGCGAAUACGUUCGAGAAUCUUCAAGGGCCAGAAUAUUGAGGAUGAGGCACAGGGAUUUUGAGGAGCUGCGAUACUUUAGAGGGGAGAAGUUACUGUUGCUGAGGGAGCAUUACGCGAAGAAGCAGAGGAUCAUGAAGGAACAUUAUAAUAAGCAGGAGAAACUCAUUCAGGAACAAAACCAGGUCCUGCAGAGAAUCUUACGCCGCUUGUCAGAUCCUGCAGCAGCCAUUCUGGCCGAGGCCUCAGCUGCUGCAGCUGAAGAGACUUAGGCAGAGCUGUAUCAAGCCUUGGAGAGAGAUAAGAUGGUGUGGUUGCCCAAAGCAACCAACAAGCUUCUGUCAUUUCAGAGACUGCUAGAUAAUUGAUAGAAGCUGAUCGGGCAAUUUCUCCACUUUAUCACUCUCCAAGGCUUGAUACAUCUCCUCCUUAAUGGUGUAUUACGUCAGCACCCUUAACAGGUGAUCGUCUAUCCCACUUUAUCAGAACUCAUCCCGCUCUCACAUAAUUGUGUCUGCACAAGAGAGGUAAAUGGCAGGAACGUGCGAAGACACAGUGGGGGAGAUGUAUCAAACGUUCUGAUGAUGGUGGGAGAAGAAGUUUCCAUAGAAACUCAUCAGGUUCUAGCUAUCAUUGUACGGACUGUAUUAGAUAAGUGGUGGCUGGAAGCUGAUUGGGUUGCAAAGGGGAAUUUAUUCACUUGUAGUGUUUAGAAGGUUUGAUACAUUUCCCCCAGUGUUUCCUUCAUCGGUCCCGUGGGACUCCCUGGUUUUGUUUCUAAAAAUAAAUAGCUGAUUAUUCCAUGUGACAUAGACGCUUUGGUCAUCUCUGGCGGGAAGACCAUUACCUGUGCACCGGUUUUGAUAAAUAUUAAUACUCUCAGACAAAAUGUUUUUCAUCUGUUGUAUAUUUAGUGUAUAUUUAAUGUUGCUAAACGCUAGGUGUCCUAUUCAGCGUAAUGGGCAAGAAUGAGCAAUUGUCAGCAUUUUGGGGGAAAAAGAUGACUGUUGUUUUGCAUUACAUUUAUUGGGGGCAGUUACACAAAUGUAAAAAAAAAAACUGCGCAGGAAGGAGGUGCGGUAAAUGACAUUUGUUGCUAUGGAUACAGGUUUGUGGCAAGGCUUAAUGUGCCCCAGCCUAGGGCUGCAGGUGAGGAGGGGGCAGCAUAUGUUUAUAUUUUUAAUUCAACAGUUGGGGAACCCUACUACUAAGAAUACAUUACUGGGGCGGCCACUGCUGGGGUCAUUGACAGCUGUUGGUGAUGUCAUUACUGAUAGAACGAUGAUGUAACAACUGCACUCUGCCGUAUGCAGCCACAGAGGAGAGCGGGUGGGACAGGUAAGGGAUGGAGCCUGCACUGGACUCUUAUUUAGUGCUGGUUAUCGGGACGGGUGCCAGCGUUUUACACUAACGACCAGGACAUUUUGAACCAGCCGCCUGCACUGAAGACCUGAUGUCCAUCUGAACUGAGCCGUGUACACAGGGUUGGGAGCUAGCAGAGUCGCAUGUGACCCUGGGGGGGGGUAAGAAUGUAAAUCUGCGCCUGGUUACAGCACCUCUGUCAUGUGCGCCAGUGUUUAGAGGUAAGCCUUAUAGCCCUAGUAUAACAACAUUGUCACUUAUACAGUUUGGUAAUUGGUUAUGAAAACAAAAUUCUAUGAAACUUCAUUCUCACAAAUGUAAUAUACUGACUUAUAUGACAUCUGCUGUAAUGAUAUGUGACCGUGCCCAGCGCUGUGCCACACGUCGGCUAAGAGCAUAGAAAGUGAUAUGUACAUUUGAAAUGCUUUGAUCUGUUUAUAGUUGAAGGAUAUUAGGUGUAGAUGGGUGAAAGGAGUGAAAAGGUCUGUGUGUAUCUCGCUCCUAGCAGACCAGUCUCUGGUGGGAGGAGUGUUUGUGUCGUAAACCAUUUCAUGAUUUAACAGCUGAAUUUCACCAGUUGUUAAAACUGUCUUUCCUGCAGAGCUCUGCCUUACCACCAGGGGGCCCCUCACUAUAUACCACCACUAUCCCAGCGGUCUCUGCACACUGAUCACAGCAAACUGCAGAAGCAUUAAAUCGCACCUUAACCCAGGGUCCUCUUAGAGCAGGGCUGGCCAAACCGGUCCUCGAGAUCUACCAACAGUUCAUGUUUUCCAGGCCUCCUGGAGAUCUGUAGAAUUGUCAGUUAGGAAUGAAUGCAGCACAUCUUAAUUAGUAAUGACUACACCUGUGCACCAGCUAGGUGGUCUGGAAAAUGUGUACUGUUGGUAGAUCUCGAGGACCGGUUUGGCCACCCCUGUCUUAGAGGAAUUUCACAAUAUAAAAUUUUGUGGAAGCUGCACGUAUCUGAAAUCCUGUAAGUCUGUCUGACUGGCCGCUGUUCAGGGUAAAGGAGGAGGAGCAGAGUGUGCGGAGUAAAGGUGGAGUCCCACAAUUUGCGCCUCCACAGACUUCUUUCAUUAUAUCAGUAUUUUCUUUGUAGGUUUAGCUCCUACUGUUUAGUUGAACUGUUCCAAAUGUUUACACAAUAUAGAUUCUUUUACACCAUGUUUGUAUACAAAAUAUUACAAAAGGUGGUUUUACCUAAGCGUUAUUCAUGGAGUUGACUUUUUAAGAGGUAAUAUUUAUCAUUCUCCUACGAGCUCCAGGUCCUUACUGGUUCUUGGUGCGCAGUUUUAUGGGCAGCGAAGGAUGAUGAAAGGUCUAUACCACCCGGGUACCUCUUUAUAUGGCUCAUUCAGUCUGCGUGUUCUGUGGCUGCGCUGGAUUUUUGUUUCUUUAAUACAAUCCCUGCAGCGUUUAUAUUUCUGCUAGUAUUUCCAUAGAAGUGCUAAAGAACAACGAUCAGAAGGACAUUAAGUUCUAAAAUAGAGAUGGCUUAUUUAUCGUUAGAGAAACGAGCAUUGGUGGUUGUACAAAGACGUCCUCCUGAUACCAUACAGUUAUAUGCAUUGUUUAAAUUAAAAGUUUCACUGUUCUUUUA